AAACGUAUGUAUCUACGCACGUCCCAUAUAAUCAAAUCGUACAAGAGUAUUAAUAGUUGGCAAAGCCCACAUUUACAAAUUAUCGCAGACAAGAUCGGUACACUUUCGUAAUUUUCGCGUUUUUCGCCGGUAUCGCAGGAACACACACAGAGAAUUCACAAUUUAUAUUUAUCGUUUAAAUACCGAGAACCGCGUGCGUGUGUCUGUGUAUUUGCAGUGAUUUGGUUAUACAUUACAUAGACUAUACGACAUUAAAAUAGGAUACAUGUCGUUUUGUGUCCAUUUUGUAUGUAAUUGACGUUUGAAAAAUAACGUUCGUCGAUUAAAUUGUAUCAUCAAUUUACCUAGUGCGUCGUAUUACUAUAUCGUCGAAAUAUACCAACAAUUCCAGCGCAGAAAUCUAAAAGUGAGCCGGAUGAAACUACCGUGUCGAUUAUUGUAAAACACCAAACUAGACCAAGCGGAAAAAUGAUUCUGUGUUGAAGUUUUCUCUCUUUUUUUUAAACCGGUCGACGAAAUGAGCAACGAUUCGAGUCCGCCAUUUUGCGGCUCCGAGUUAGUAACAUUUCAGAAAGUUUAUGCUCAUAAUAUACACGGAUACGCGAGCUUACUAAUAUGUGUGAUGGGAUCGAUGGCCAAUCUAAUGAAUAUAGUCGUAUUAACCCGAAAAGAUAUGAUAUCGCCGACCAACGUCGUUCUGACCGGAUUAGCCAUCGCUGAUUUGGCCGUCUUACUCGAGUAUAUACCUUAUACACUUCACACAUACCUCAGACCACCGUCUCACUCGGUCAAAGACAGAUAUACUUAUGGAUGGGCGAUGUUGGUACUUUGGCAUUCCAAUUUCUCGCAAGUAUUCCACACAAUCUCGAUAUGGCUGACAGUAGUGCUGGCUGUGUGGAGGUACAUAGCUGUGGCGUAUCCGCAAAAGAACCGAGACUGGUGUAAUAUGGACACAACGUAUGUGGCCGUGAUCGCCGGAUACAUAUUGUGCCCGCUGCUGUGCGUGCCUGUUUUCUUGUCCUUCAAUGUGAUGCCAGUUGUCGAGCUGCUCGAUGAUAAUGGGUUCCAAACCAAGAAUCAUACCAUUGGCACUAAUACUACCGUUUAUGUGGUUACCAUGAGUGAAAUAGUCAAGACAAAUUUUAUCAAGGAUUUGAAUUUCCUGAUUUAUAGCGUGCUGUUCAAAUUGACGCCUUCGGUGGCGCUGACUGUGUUGAGCCUCAGGCUGGUGUGCGCUUUAUUAGAAACGAAAAAACGACGUCAAAAGUUAACCUCGAGUUUGAACAGGAAAAACGCAAAAAACGCCGAAAAGGAAAAGCAAACAGACCGCACGACCCGAAUGUUAUUAGCCGUGUUGAUAUUAUUUCUAGUAACCGAAGUACCUCAAGGCAUAUUAGGCUUAUUAACUGUCAUCUUCGGCGAGAAAUUUUUCAAAGACUGUUACCAAAAAUUAGGAGAAGUCGCCGAUAUCCUGGCGUUGAUUAAUUCGGCCAUCAAUUUCGCCUUAUACUACGUUAUGAGUCGACAAUUUCGGACCACUUUUAAAGCGCUGCUCAGUUACAAUACGUUUCCAGCUCGAAAACAUACUCCCUUUAAUGAUAUCAAUAACCAUACAACUACGCAGAUUACUCAAGUUUAGCGAAAGCUACAUCGUCUCCGAGCUAAUGACCAGCUCGAGAUGAAACUAUGAUAGACGUCGCGUGUAAUAUCGCCAUAUUGUCCUUAUUUCGAGACUCUCGUGCACUCUAAAAAUACGUACAUAAAACCGCGAAUCAGAAAAAAAAAACAACUCUCUAACUACAUACAUGAUUUUUUCGAGUGCA